UGGAUGAACCAUGAAGGCCCAAUUGCAAGUCACAGUGCUUUCAGCUAAGCUAAAGGAAAACAGAAAGAACUGGUUUGGUCCCAGUCCGUAUGUAGAGGUGGCUGUGGAUGGCCAGUCAAAGAGAACUGAGAAGUGCAACAACACACACAGUCCUAAAUGGAAGCAGGCCCUCACUGUAAUUGUGACUCCAGUCAGUAAGCUCAUUUUUCGUGUUUGGAGUCAUCAAACACUAAAGUCCGACAUACUUUUUGGGAUGGCUACUCUGGACAUUAGUAAGAUCCUCAAAGCCAAUGACCUAAAAUUAUGUGAUGUGGUGCAGACACUGCAGCUGUGCUCGUACAGAGACCCUGAGGACGCUGUCGGUGAUCUGUCAGUCUGUCUGGACGGCAUGCAGGUUGACCCAGAAGCCUUUGCCUCGGCAGAGAGAGAGCAGAGCGCUCUUCUGAUUGGAAAUGCAAAACAAAAUGGCAACACCAGCAACAGAUCGAGCAGGGACACAUCUCCAUCCAGUGACUCAGAUGAGUGGGUCAUUGUUCCUAAUGGUCUUACUGUUAGCAGUGCAGGUUCUAGCUCACCGUCUCCAGGGGGCUCCAACACAUCGCGCCCUCCUAGACCUGCCAGACCUGCUCCUUCUAUGCCGCACAAACCAGCAUCCUCACCAACCUCCUCCAGUAGUUCUUCCCCCAGUGAGCUGAGUGAAGCUCCAGCUUCCUAUGGCUCCUCUCAGGCAUCAGCAAGUGGAUGUCCAGACCAGCUGGAUGAAUCAGGUGUGCGAGCAGGAACAGCCACUUCCUCUCAGGUGACGAGCGGUCCUAAACCAGGUGGCGCUAUAACGGCGACCUCAAGAAUCACUUCGAUUAACACUGGCCCCUUGCCACCAGGAUGGGAGCAAAGAGUGGACCAGAGUGGACGGGUGUAUUAUGUGGACCACAUAGAGAAAAGAACAACAUGGGAGAGGCCUGAGCCUCUGCCUGCAGGGUGGGAGCGAAGAGUGGACCCAAUGGGUAGAGUAUAUUAUGUUGACCACAUAACACGAACUACAUCGUGGCAACGACCCACGCAGGAGUCAGUGCGCAACUAUGAAGAAUGGCAGCACCAGCGCAGCCAGCUCCAGGGAGCCAUGCAGCAGUUUAACCAGAGGUUCAUUUAUGGGCUCCAGGAUCAUUUUGCAGCUACAGCUACUAAAGAGUUUGACCCCCUGGGACCUCUACCACAUGGCUGGGAGAAGAGAACAGACACCAAUGGUCGAGUAUAUUUUGUGCAUCACCCAACUCGGACGACACAAUGGGAGGACCCAAGGACACAAGGGCUGCUGAAUGACAAACCUCUGCCAGAAGGCUGGGAGAUGAGAUUUACUGUGGAUGGGAUUCCUUACUUUGUAGAUCACAACAGGAGAACAACAACCUACAUUGACCCCCGCACAGGAAAAUCCUCGCUUGAGAAUGGCCCUCAGAUAACCUAUGUCAGGGAUUUUAAAGCCAAAGUGCAAUACUUCAGGUUCUGGUGUCAGCAAUUGUCGAUGCCUCAGCAUAUCAAGAUUACUGUCUCAAGAAAAACACUGUUUGAGGAUUCGUUUCAACAGAUCAUGAGUUUCCACCCUCAAGAUCUAAGGCGGAGACUGUGGAUUAUAUUUCCAGAAGAAGAGGGUCUGGACUAUGGAGGUGUGGCCAGAGAGUGGUUCUUCUUGCUUUCUCAUGAAGUGCUCAAUCCCAUGUACUGUUUGUUUGAGUAUGCUGGCAAGGACAACUACUGUCUUCAGAUUAACCCGGCAUCCUACAUCAACCCUGAUCACCUCAAAUACUUCAAGUUCAUAGGGCGCUUCAUUGCAAUGGCCUUGUUCCAUGGCAAAUUCAUUGACACGGGUUUCUCGCUGCCUUUCUACAAGCGGAUUCUGAACAAACUACUUGCACUAAAAGACUUGGAGUCCAUAGAUCCAGAGUUUUAUAAUUCUCUCAUUUGGAUCAAGGACAAUAAUAUAGAAGAGUGCGGACUGGAGAUGUUCUUCUCAGUAGACAAGGAGAUCUUGGGGGAAGUCACUACUCAUGAGCUGAAACCAGAUGGAGGAAACAUCCAAGUAACCGAGGAGAAUAAAGAGGAAUACAUCAGGCUGGUGGCUGAGUGGAGACUGUCCAGAGGUGUGGAGGAGCAGACGCAGGCGUUCUUUGAAGGCUUCAAUGAAGUUCUUCCACAGCAGUACCUUCAGUACUUUGAUGCUAAAGAGCUGGAGGUGAUGCUUUGUGGGAUGCAAGAGAUAGACCUGAUGGACUGGCAGAGAAACACGAUCUAUAGACAUUAUGCCCGAAGCAGCAAGCAGAUCCUUUGGUUCUGGCAGUUUGUGAAAGAAAUGGACAAUGAAAAAAGAAUGAGACUCCUGCAGUUUGUCACGGGAACCUGUCGUCUUCCUGUGGGGGGCUUUGCUGAUUUAAUGGGAAGCAACGGUCCACAGAAGUUUUGCAUUGAGAAAGUGGGUAAAGAAAACUGGCUUCCACGAAGCCACACGUGCUUUAAUCGUUUGGACCUUCCUUCUUAUAAGAGCUACGAGCAGCUGAAGGAGAAGCUCAUGUUUGCUAUAGAGGAAACGGAAGGAUUUGGGCAGGAGUAAUGCAACAAGAGUUUCUCAACCACCUGCAGUUGGAACAAAGCAGUGAUGGCGUUUAAUGAGCCGUAACUAUUUAAACAAAAAGCACUUUCCCAGCAGAUUCUCUCUCCAACAAAGAGAUGCUUACAAUCAAGUCUGAAGAACAUCUUCAUUAAAAAAAAAUGAACACUUUCGUCAAAACUGUAAUUUUUCCACAAAGGACAUGUCAGUGUUUUGCACCGUAUUCCACUCACCUGUCGGAUUCAAUCUUUACUAAUCCAGCUGAUUUCACUGUGCUGCACACAACCCACCCU